AUGCUGCAUGAAGUAAUGCAGCAGUCACUUAAUGAGAAUCUAAAAGUGCAGGAGUGGAGGGAGAGAGAAAGGAAUGCUUACCGCAAAGCCCACGAGGCAAACAGCCACUCUGGUGCUGCCUCCCCGACCUGCCGUUUCUACAAAGAGCUGGACACGAUACUUGGGGGUGACCCCACCUCCACUCCGAGUACCUCCAUGGACACUUCAGAACCCAGUUCAACAAGGCAGGAGGAGGAGGAGGAAAGUGGGAGUGAGGGUGCUGAGGAGGAGGAAGACACCCUGGAAUCCCUAGAUGCAGGCAGCCAGGAGCUGUUUUCAAGCCAGGAGGAAGGUAGCCAGUCAUGGCAGCCAGUGCUUGAGGAAGGACAAACACCAGAGGAGGUUCCCGAUGCAACCUUGAGAUCUCAGCCGUCUGUCUUAUCACCGGCCGAGAGGCUGCAAAGAAUCAGGAAAAGACCGCGUAGAAGCAAAGAAGACAUGCUGCAUGAAGUAAUGCUGCAGUCACUUAAUGAAAAUCUAAAAGUGCAGGAGUGGAGGGAGAGAGAAAGGAGAAUCCGCCAGCAGAAUGAGGAGCACUGGCAAAGCACGGAGCAGCUGAUAAGCAUCAUGGAGCGCCAAGCAGACUCUAUCCAGGCACUCGUUCUUACUGCCACCAGCUGCUUCCAACACCUGUAG